CUUUUCCAUGUUUUCUAUCUAUCUUUCUUGUUGAUCACUCUCGGGAGUUGUCCUCAGGUGUGGAUUUUGCGUCACCCGUUCUCCUUUUGACGAUAAAUACAGAACGUCUCGGUUAUGCUUCUAAAAACACUGAACCUGAUGGUUUGAUUCCCCAUCUUGUCAGAGUACGAAUUACACCUUGAUCCUGAAUUGAUCGUCCAACCAGAGCAGGGAACUGGGUGCAACGGAAACAGCGCAGCAUCUCGUUAUUUCCGACCCGAGUGUCUUGGCGCCCAUCACGACAGAAUCAACAAAAAAAAGCCCCGAGACGUCAUUCCACGGGACCUGUAGAGGACAGCGCAGGGCUAAUCUCCGCCCGCUGGACAGACUGCAGCUAUCCAUCGGGGAUAGUCAGGUCCAGCAUCUCAGGGUCUGGGGGCCGGUACUUAUUUUUUUGGGCGGUCCAUCUGGAUGUCGACAUCGUUUCAACCGGACAAAUCUACCAUUUUUUAUUUGCAUCAUUUAAUCAGGCCCUUGGUGAGCAAUGACAGCCCCGGAAGACGCGCCAGCGCAGAUCGAUGCGCAAAUCAGGGUCAGAAGUCCCGCGGUGCGCGAGGCAUCAUCUAGUGAGACUGGCUCCGUGUCAGAUACGGUCAAGGCAAUGGACCCUUGCCAUGCACCGGAUGCAUCCAUAAAAAGAACAACCAGUUCGGCCUCGCAGCACCCCAUCCCUGCAGCGGAGCCACCAAGAGCCGUCGUUGGCGAGGCCGUCGGUGCUGACGCAACAGACGAAGAGGCGGCCGUGACACCACCCAAAGACCAUGAGAAAUCCACGCCUCCAGAGGCCGGCCGCACCAAGCUGGAGACCACAGUCAUCGUGGUCUCGCUGGCCACGGCGCUGUUCCUGGCGGCGCUGGACAUUUCCAUCGUGACGGUUGCGGUGCCGGCCAUCGCGUCGGACUUUCGCUCCACCGUCGGCUACACGUGGAUCGGGUCCGCGUACCUCCUCGCAAACGCCGCCAUGGCCCCGAUAUGGGGCAAGAUCUCGGACAUCUGGGGCCGCAAGCAGAUCCUCCUGCUGGCCGCCUGCGUGUUUUGGGUCGGCAGCCUCCUGUGCGCCCUCAGCGUCAGCAUGGCGAUGCUCAUCGCCAGCCGCGCGGUCCAGGGCAUGGGCGGCGGUGGCAUCAUCAUCAUGGUCAACGUCUGCAUCAGCGACCUUUUCAGCAUCCGCAAGCGCGGCGUCUACUUUGGCGUCAUGGGUCUCGUCUGGGCGGUGGCCGGCGCCGUGGGUCCCGUGGUCGGGGGUCUCUUCACGACAAAGGUCUCGUGGCGCUGGUGCUUCUACAUCAACCUCCCCAUAGCGGGGGUCGGCAUCAUCAUCCUCUUCUUCGUCCUCAAGCUGCACAACCCGCGCACCCCGAUGCGACAGGGCCUCGCCGCCGUGGACUGGCUCGGCUCCUUGACCAUCAUCGCCGGCACCGUCAUGGUGCUCAUGGGCCUGACCCUUGGGGGCGUCACCGCGCCCUGGGCCUCACCCACGGUCUUGUGUCUGCUGAUCAUCGGCGCCGCCAUGGUGGCCGUCUUCGUCUUGGUCGAGCUCCGCGUCGCGCCGUAUCCCGUCGUGCCCAUGCACCUCUUCAAGGUCCGCUCCAACGUCGCCUCGCUGUCCGUCGCCUUUGCGCACGGCUUCACCACCAUGUCGGGCUUCUACUACCUCCCCUUGUACUUCCAAGCCGUGCUGGGGGCCGACGCGCUCAUGUCGGGCGUCUACAUCCUGCCGUACGCGGUCGUCCUGUCCCUCGUGUCCGUCGCCGCCGGCUGGUACAUCAAAAAGACGGGCAAGUACCUGCCGCCCAUCAUCUUUGGCUUCGUGUUCCUGACCCUGGGCAUGGGCCUCCUCACCGACCUGGGCGGCCCGUCCCCGAGCGGUCCCAACUGGGCCAAGCUGAUGAUCUACACCAUCAUCACCGGCAUCGGCGUCGGGCCCAACUUUCAGUCCCCGCUCAUCGCGCUGCAGACCACGGUGGCCCAGCGCGACAUGGCCAGCGCCACCGCCACGUACCAGUUUGUGCGCCAGAUGAGCACCUCCAUCUCCGUCGUGGUCGGCGGCGUCAUUUUCCAAAACUCCAUGGACGGCCAGCACGCGCGUCUGCUCGAGCGCCUCGGACCCGACAUCGCGGCGCUUCUCACGGGCCAGGACGCCGCCGCGAGCGUCGAGGCCGUGGCUGCCAUCCCCGGCGAGGAGGGCCUGAUCGCGCGGGAUGCGUUUUGGAUCAGCCUCAGGACCAUGUACAUCGUGUACACGGUUGCCGCGGGGGUUGGCUUGGUCUUGUGCUUCUUCAUCGGCACCAGGAAGCUGAGCACCGAGCACGAGGAGCACAAGACUGGGCUGAAGACGCUGGCCAGGGUCAGGUCCAAGGUGACGGGUGAGAAGCAGGAGGCUGAUUGAGGGCAUGAUGCAGGGCGUGAGACGGCGAAACAGUAGCCGUAUACAUGGAGACUUGUGAAGAAGUAAACAUUUAUAUAAUUGCCUUUGUAUUAUAAUAGACUGGCCUGGCAAGCAACUGCUUCGUGUUAUAAAGUAGAUUGGCCAGCUUGACCACAGGUUCUCACUAUAUGCCAGAUGAUCCACGUUGACUUGUCUACUCUCGCUUAUUUGGCUUGCCACUCAACAAG